AAGAGAGAAGUGGAAGUCCUUUGUCUCUGAGUGACACAAGUAUAUCACCACGAUACAAACAUGUGUAAGAGAUGAGGUAUAUCUGAGUGCACUUGAGAUACAUAUCUACUAUUCCCAGCUGUGCAACCUGUCUGUCUAUGUCAUUAAGACAGGGAGAAUGAAUCAGACUUGUGAGAAUGGGAUUUCUUUUGACUUGUUUCUGCACUGCUCCCUGGUCCCUUCAUUUUUCAUCGUGGUCAUUCUUUCCUUCGUUGAGAGGAGGGGAAAACAACAAGCAGUGGAUGAGCGAUUUCCUGUACUUAAAGGUCACUUUGGCAUUGUUGUCCCCCUAGACUUCAUAGGCUGCCUCAGUAACCGCUGGUCGUAUGGAUUUGCAUUUGGUGCUGUGUCGUCCAGUGUGCUACUGCUAUUUUCUGAGAAAUAUCUGCCAUUUUAUGUACCACCCUGGGCUCAAGCAAUAGUGUAUCUGGUGGGGGCUAUGGAAGUGGGUGUGGCCUAUUACCCCUUCUUCAUCUGCCUGUCCACCCCACAUAGGAUGUAUGGAGGGGUUCUGGGCCUCCUCUACACUCUCACAUGGGUAAUUGUGACUGUGUCGGACAUUGCCUUUUGUCCAGGUGGAAAGGUGCUUGGGCCUUGGCAGAAGCUGAUCUUACAAUGGCCUACCGUGCUGUGUUUGCUUUUCCUGCUGGGGCGCUAUGUGUACAUCAUAGUGAAGUCUGUUCGCAUCCAUCUGAAACUACUGGCGGAGGAGGAGGAGCAACAGCUAAUGCAAAGUCACCAGGCCAGAUAUGUGAAAAAUUUACUCCAGAGGCCCUCUGAAAGGUUCUCUGACAGUUUAUCAAGCAAAAGCUGGUUCAAGAGGAAAAUAUAUGACUGGGAUCCUUACUUCAAGUUUCCCAACCGAAUGAUUGGAACCUCCAUCAUAUCUCUCAUUGGACUGUAUGUAGUCACUCUGGCUGACUACAGCCUCAGUGAUUACGCCUUUGACUAUCUUGAUGCACUGAAAGACUCAGUGGCAGAACUGGCAGCAUCUUGCAAUGCCACAGACAACUUGGUUGUUGCCUUAGUGCCACAAAUUGAGAAGUUCAACAAUGCAGCUCGAAAAUCUUGGCUUGCCACAACCAUCUUUGCCAGUUUGACAUCUGUGUCCUACACUUUUCAUGUGUUAGCAUGUUACAGGAAACAUCUGCGAAGGCUUUGGGCUGGACAGAAAGGGUUUCUGCCUGAGAGGUUUCACAACCCAAGUCCUGCAGUGAGUGUGGCUGCUAUAACAAGAUACUCUGGGUGGCAAAUAGCUUUCACCUUGUGGGGGUAUUUUAUUGUGCAUUUUGUACAGUUCCUCUUUGUCCUACUGUUGGCUUAUGGAGUGGUUAUACCAAUUCAGGAAGGCCGAUUUGUGGAGUGGCUGACUAAUUUUGCAAUUGUCCUCUUGACCAUCGGCAUUGUAAUAGCUCUGGUUAUAUUGCAGAUUGUUAUAGUUCAGAUAUUUUUCCUUCAGGAAAAAAUAGAUCCAAAGGACAAAGAGAAGCCCUUAGCACUCAAUAAUAGAAAGGCUUUCCAUAACUUCAGUUACUUCUUCUUUUUUUACAAUGUCAUCAUGGGUCUGAGUAACUGUAUCCUGAGACUACUGACGAGCUUUGUCACUGGAACAUGGCUUGUGUCACGCAUCGACCGUACUGUCAUGCAAAGAGGUUAUGAGUCCAUGGAUCCAGGGUACAGCACAUGGAUUGGUAUGAUUUUUGCAGACCAUUACCAUACUAAUCCUGUAAUGGUCUGCUUUUGCCAUCUACUGCUUAGCAGAACAAGGGAAAAACAAAGAAGCAUGUCUACAUACUCCCAGUUCCAAAACACAGCACCUGACUCAGGAACAGGGAGCAGGGUAAGAGGUCGCUGGCUACUCAUCUACACCCUACUGAGGAAUCCAGCACUAAUUUUACUGCGGAAGAACAGGUCUAUGUCUCUCCAGGAGCACCACAAAGCCAUUUCUGCUGCAGUGGCGGUGAUGGCCUCACAAACUGAACUAUUGCCAGAGUCCGUAACACAGCAUACACAGGAACCUGAUCAGAGCUCUUUGACUCCAAGUCUUUGAAUAACCAAUUGUAACGUUAUUGCAGAUUUAUGAUAGAUUCCCUCACUUUAGAGUCAAUGAUCAACUGUGCUCAGCGAAAAGCAGAGAUGUAGGCCUAGUCUAGUUUACAAAUACUGAAAUAAAAGUGUAUGUGAAUCUAUCAGUAGGCCUAUGUUUUAAAACUAAAGACAAAAUAAAAGACAAAAUAAAACAAUAAUAAAAACAUCA